AUGGACAGGCCACAACCCCAGCCCUUCCCCUUGGCUCCCGUGGCGGCGUCCAUUCUCGCCGAACGAGAAACGGAGCGCAGGAACCAUCUCCGCCAACUGGGGUAUUUCAAAACAUCGUGUUCUGAAAUAGACGAUUACGUCCUCCUGGGUGGCCUGGAGAGAGGACACGUUGUGGGCUUGAGCGCGGAAGAAGAGUCCUUUGGGAUAGCUCGGGCGCUGGUCAUCACGCCCAAGCCGGCUGGCGUCAUUCUGCGGUCGCUGAGGGACGGUAUCGCGGCCGAGCUGGCCCGCGAGGGCGUCGUCGCCAAGGAGGACGUUGAGCGCCGCGCGAGGACGAGCCUGGACUGCGUCAUGCUGUCGUGCGUCUUCGACAUGGACGGCCUGUGGGAGGUCCUGGCCGAGCUGGACGGGAAGGGCGGCCGGGCCUCGGGUCGAGGGCCGUCGCCGCCCGUUUCCGAGAUUCAGGACAGCGAGGACGAGGGGCCCUCGCCGCCCGACGCCGGCGCGGAGUCGCCGUCGCCCCCUUCUGUCGUCCUCGUCACGCACUUCUCGAGCCUCCUCACGUCGCUCUUCGCCCGGCGCGCCGGGCCGGCCGCCCACGCGAACCUGUCCCUGCUCUCGUCGCGCCUGCGCCACCUCUCGCGCAGCCUGCCCUCGAGCCCGCUCAUCCUCAUCCUCAACUCGACCACCUCGUCUGCCCACUCCCAUGGGCCGGAGCCGAGCAGGCACCGCCCUUAUCCGGCUGCCGCCGGCAGCAAACCCCUUGAUCCCUCGCUCCGGUCGAUAUUCAACCCCCCGCCGCUCCCUAUACCCGGCUACGUGCCUACCUCGUCCAGGCGCAACAAGCCUUCGUUUGGGCUGGUCUUUACGCAGUUGCUCGACCUGCACCUCCUGGCUUCUCGGAUCCCCAGGACGGCGGAAGAUGCAGAGGUCGCACUGGGGAGUACCGCGCUAGAGGCGAGGUUUGUAACCGUGGUGGAAGUGCUGUUGGACGAGAUGGGCCUGUGGACGGGGAGGACGGGGAGGAGGCCGAAUAGGGAGCAGAGAUGGGCUGCAGUGCAGGUCGACGGCGGGAGAGUCGUGGAUGCGUUUGAGAAGCAGGAGAUGGCCGCUGUGACGGAGAUUCGUACGUCCGGGGGGUUUGGGGGACGAAGGCCAUAG